ACAUCCAUUUUCCUUUUCCUUUUUAGCUUCUCUUUUUCUCUUCCCCUUCUUCUCUCUUUCUUUCAUCCUUAUACGUAAAAACUCAAACCCAACUCCAUUUUUCUUCUCUCUCUCUCUCUCUCUGCAACUCUCUAAUGGACUCCAUUUUUACCUCUUAGUUCAGUUUUCAGGUUCUGAAGGCUUAAAAUUAUCCCCAUUUUUCCUUCUCAAUUUUGCUUUACCAAAUUCAAACUCUCAAACAUAAAAAGGUUAAGCAAAAAAGAAAUUUGACAGAAUGAUCGGAAAUAACUUCGUCGAUGAGAUAGAUUGCGGUAGUUUCUUCGACCAAAUCGACGACCUUCUCGAUUUUCCGGUGGAGGAUGUCGACGCCGGCUUGCCUCCGGCAAAGGGCGGUGACUCGGCCAACUCAUUUCCAACCAUUUGGCCAACUCACUCCGAGUCACUACACGGUUCCGACUCGGUCUUCUCCUCCAAUAGUAACUCCGAUUUGUCGGCCGAGCUCUCUGUUCCGUAUGAGGACAUCGUUCAACUGGAAUGGCUUUCAAACUUUGUUGAGGAUUCAUUCUGUGGUGGAAGCCUUACAAUGAACAAAGAAGAGAGGAAGGAUUUAACUCAUAACCAAUUCCAAACCUCAAGCCCAGUUUCUGUUCUUGAAAGCAGCAGUUCUUGCUCUAGUGACAAGAGCCUCCAGCCCCGCAGCCCUGAACCGACGGUGGCCACUCCAGGUCACCAGCGUGGCCGUGCACGUAGCAAACGCCCUCGCCCUGCAACCUUCAGUCCCCGGCCCCCAAUUCAGCUCAUUUCCCCUGCCUCCUCCGUCUCCGAAACAAACACCCCUGAUCAGGCAUUGCAGCUUGUUCCAAAGGCGGCCCCCUCAGACACCGAGAACUUUGCCGAGUCCCGUCCUUUGAUCAAAAUACCAAAACACGGCGCUGCCUCGGGAAUGCAGAAGAUCAAGAACAAGAAAAUCAAGUUGUCUUUUUCACUCGCCACCCCAUCGGAGGCCGGGAACCAAAACUCACCAUCCACACAAUCAGUAAGAAAAUGUAUGCAUUGUGAGAUAACCAAAACUCCUCAAUGGAGAGCGGGACCAAUGGGGCCAAAAACUCUUUGCAAUGCCUGCGGUGUUCGGUAUAAGUCCGGUAGACUUUUCCCCGAGUACCGACCAGCAGCGAGUCCAACAUUCAUCCCAUCGUUGCACUCGAAUUCCCACAAGAAGGUGCUCGAAAUGAGAAACAAGAUCGACGAGAAUACAGCUGCAAUCACCAUAAGCGUGCAACCGGAGCUGAUUCCAAACACAAACAGCGCAAUUUCAAUGGAUUACAUAUGAAGAAGUAAGAAGGUCGAUGUCGAGAACCAAAUCCCAGGGGAGGGAUUGGAUGUCAUGAAAGAUCAGAGGGUCAGAGGGUCCAUUUGUGUGUGGUUGUUUAUGUUUAGUAUGAAAUAGUUUUUCUUUCUUUUUAGGUGGUUGUCUUUCUUUGUACAGAGAUGGAUGUGGGGGCAACUUGGGAAAACUUAGGAACCUUUUCAUUAGAUGACAAAGUAAGUAGCAGAAGAAGAGAAAACUAAGAACUGAUUAUGGACUUCGAGACAUCAAAACUUUUAAGCUUAGAUUUCAGUUUUAGUGUUGUUUAGGUGCUCAUUGUCUGUUGUCUUAUGUUGUCUCUCUUCUUCUUUCUUUUGCAAUUCUUUUUUUUUUUUUUCCCUUUUUAAUUUCUUGGUAAUUCUUUUUGCAGUUCAUUUGUAGUCGAAAUUCUGAGCUUUUAAGUAAUGAAAUUUCAGGUUAUUUUGCUUCUUGA